AUGUCCUUCAGGAAGAAAAGGAAAAAGAAAGUGGAUAGCAAGCAACAAGGAACGGUACAGGAUGAAACGCACCGAAACAAAACGGAGCAGAUGCGAAUGGGAUGGGAUAGCAUACAGAGAACCCCUGGUCAUUUAUCUGUAGGUAGCGAACGUGAAUUCAAUUCGGAUGAUUGGCUGCUCUUUGAGAGAUGUAUGGUGCAGAGAUGGGGUUUUGAUUAA